UGGAGGUCUGGGAAGAAGUAGUCUAGCGGGAUAAGCACGUCAUGUAAGCGGUCAGGAACUUGGUGGGUUGUUUCGUUCAUGGCUGACUCAGAUGACGAGCGAAGAAAGCUUGUCGUGAAUCAACCGUAUGAUGAAGCUCUUGAAGUAAACGACGACGAAGAAGUAGCCAGUACAUUUACUCCAAGUCCUAGACCCGCAGGGGGUAAAUCUGGUGGAUAUAAUCCAGGAAUUGGAUCCAUCUCAAUGACUGACCAGAGUGAUGAUGAGUUUGACCAUGAUGACCUAGUUGAAAGGAAGGAGCCUCCAGCAGGAGGAUAUUCCCGGCCACAAGAGGCUUUACAGGGGGUUAAGGAGAGACCUGGGAGACCAACUGGCCAGGAAAUACCUACUCAACAAAAUGAAGAUGAUGAUGAUGAUGAAGGUGAUGACCAGAGUGAUAGCUCUGAGGAGGAUGAUGAUGAGGAAGAUGCGCAUGGAACUGCACUGGAGGGGGCCUAUGACCCAACUGAUUACGAACAUCUACCUGUGAGUCAGGAAAUCAAGGAACUUUUUCACUAUAUCACUCGGUAUACUCCACAAUCAAUUGAUUUGGAACAUAAAUUGAAGCCAUUCAAUCCUGAUUUUAUUCCUGCUGUUGGAGACAUUGAUGCAUUCUUGAAGGUUACACGACCAGAUGGUAAACCAGAGACUUUAGGAUUGGUGGUUCUUGAUGAACCAAUGGCUAAUCAAUCUGACCCAACAGUGCUGGAUCUUCAAUUAAGAACUAUUUCCAAACAAACCAAUCUAAAAGCCAUGACUGUACGCAGCAUUGAAGAUCCAGAAAAGAAUCCUAAAGCCGUUGAUAACUGGAUCGAUAGUAUCAGGGAAUUGCAUCGUCAAAAACCAGCUCCAACAGUCCAUUAUCAAAGGAAUAUGCCUGACAUUGAAUCUCUUAUGCAAGAGUGGCCACCAGAAUUUGAAGACCUUCUGAACCAGGUUGGUCUUCCAACAGCUGAUUUGGAUGUGGAAUUGCAUCAAUAUGUUGAUCUUAUUUGUGGAAUCCUUGAUAUACCAGUGCACAAUAACAGGAUUCAUGCCAUGCAUGUACUGUUUACACUAUUCUCAGAGUUCAAGAACUCACAGCAUUUCCAUCAAUUGGCCAAAGACAACCAGAUGGCUAAUGAGAUGAAAGUGGACAAUGGUGAUGGCAUUGGAGGAAUGACUGCUGCAGCAGAGCACUUGACUCUGGAAGGAGGAGAUACUCAAACCUUGAGCUUUGAUUACUAGAACAUUAUACAACAUUUUGUGGAAGAAACAUUGCAUGCACACUCUCGUGUAAAUACAAGUACAAGAUGAGCUUUUUCCAUGGUAGAACUGAAUGCAUAUAUAUCUUUGUGCACUCAGAAGCUUGCUAUGACAAAAUUAUUUAUGACAUGUAAUUGGCCUCUUUUUCAAAGCUAGGCCUGGUGCUCAACCAUUCCUAUGAAAAUGAGUUCAAUUUACUUGUGAACAAAAACAAGAGAGGCCAAAGGUAAUUCAGAAAUGGGCUAUUGUAUGUACCACAUCUCCUAGUUCCUAAGUAUAGUCAUAGGCUUCAUACAUGCACUCUAGACCCUCAGUCUGCAGUGCUUUGCAACUCAAGACAUAAACAAACCCAAAUUUUAAGCUCAAUAUUUCUCUGCAGUGCCUGAGUAAAAACACUUAUUUUAGGUCUUAUAUUUUGCU